GUACCGUCUGUCUCACAGAUGCGGUAGAUAGUUGACAGGGGAAUAUGUUUAUAUCUCUUCUCACCACGUCAAACCUGCUUUAUACGGACAGUGUCCAAGACUGAUCGCAAAGUACCGGGACAAAAGAGAUCUGUAAAUCAUGGACAACUCUAGCAUGGACAAACACGAUCUCCCAGAAAAUUCCGAGAUCCUAGCUCCCAUCGGCAGCAUUGCUUUCGAAGGGUCCCUGCGGAGUCAAAGGAGUGCUCAGGCAGUCGAUGACGGAAGCGUCAGAUUAACACGACCAGCGUUUGUUGGGGGAGAUGAAGCCACCCAAAGAGCCACCAUCAGACCAGGUGUAGAUGGAGUGUUUCAAGACAGUGAAACAGGGUACAGAAGAAAGGAAUCGGUUGUGUAUGCACAGAAAGGCAAGGCAGAAGUGACAUUCAUCAACAUUAAACUGGAAAAAGACUAUGAGCAGGGUGCAGGAAAAGCGAAGAAGUUGCAUGUUCCAACAACAAGAGAUGUCAAGUCAACAUCAGCAACAGAAAUUCAACAUCACAUGCAUAUCGCUGUAGGGGAAAUUGAUGCUAAAAGUUCAAAAGGAACUCAAGUUGAUUUUCAGACAGGAAGUCCAAGCAUGCAUACAGAAGAGGGUAAGGAUACCAGUCUCAUCAUUCCUGGUCCAGUUCGUGUUUCUGGUGACAUAAACGUUAUAACACCUUCUGCUAGCCAAACAAACAUGGAUGGGCCUAGUAGUGGGUUAGUACUGGACCCUGGCAAACUUGAGUCCAGCGCUACCAUACCUCCUCCACCUUCAGGAGAGAAAGAGGUCUCCCAACCUGUAUCUUACGUGAGAAAACCUACCAUCAUCCGUGCUAUAGGCGUGAGAAGGCUGUCGGAAGGGUCAACCCCAUCUGUGGCAGCUGCUGGAGUUUCUAUGACGACCAUACAACAUUCGGAUGGGUCUUCACAAAAGACAUCAAAGCCUGAUCAAGAUCAUAGCUUCCCUCCUGAUAAAGGAAACAUUACGGAUAAAGUGUUUGACCAGCCACACACUGAAGCUACACAACCAUAUCGAUCUGGUACACAUGUAAGAGGAAUGGGCUUUCUGGAACAUAAACAUAUCAGAGUAGCGGAUAAUGUGGUAAUGCAUCCAAGAACAAAGCCAGGUUUUGUUGUUGUUCCCCGUGACGUCCAAAAUAUUGAUGUUUCGUUUCCAAUUUCCCCAUCAGGACGUGUCACCAUUUCAAGUACCUCAGACAAGAGAGACAUAGAUCCUUCCGCCUCACAACUGACAAGAAGACAAUAUAGUACCACGUCAUCUUCUGCAGAAGCAUCCGGGGAUAUGUUUGAAAGAAACGCAACCUCUCCAGGGCUUGCUUUAAAUGCAAGCGUCAUUCAGAAUGCAGAAUCCCAGACUUCUGAAUCCACAAAAUCUGGUUCAAAAAGGAACACCACACUACCUAGAUAUAUCAAUGUUGUAAAUACAGGCACAUUUCAGGACGUUGAUUUCUCUACAUCACCAGAACAAGUGUCUGAUAUGACCUUAAGCACUGCUCUGAACUCAGUAUCUUCUACAUCUUCUGAACCUGCUUCUCAGCGUAACAGUGUUGCAAGUGGGUGUUCGUAUGUGAGCAGUGUUGUGGACACACAGUCAAGGUUAUAUCCGGAAAGGAGUUCCCAAAUUCACCCUCGUACAAAAUGGAGACGAAAUAACCAAAUGCCUGUAAAUGUUGCAAAUGCAGGUACAUUUCAGGACGUUGAUUUCUCUACAUCACCUGAACAGGUGUCUGAGACGACCAUUACCAUUGCUCGGAACUCAGAAUCUUCUAAUGACCAAAUAGCUGUUAAUGCCGAGAACACAAACAGGUCCCGUAAAGAAGGACUAAAGGAAGACUACGGUGUUGAGAUAAGGUCGGGCAUUCUCCAUGUCAAAGACAAUAGAAUUGUGACUUCACCUUCUGAAGAUUCAAAGGAGCUGUAUAGUUCUAGAACUGACACGACAACCAAAAGCAUAGGCUCGGGAGACCGAGGUGCUGAGGACUGUUCUCACUCUCAUAGCAAGUUAGCUCCUUCCAACCAAUAUCAUGAGACAACCACUGUGAGAAGUUUUAGAGGAACACCUAACGAAACACAGUACCAACAUGUUCACACAUUAUUCGAGGAUUCUGUUCCUAACACUGAAAACGGUAGAGUGAGGACAACAAGCACUAUAGCUGUGAUGAAUAACCCUUAUUUUCUAGAUCGUGAGGGAAUCACGUCGAGGCCACAGGAGAAUAAGCAGUCAUCGCACAUGGUUGAUAUUCCUCAUCCACAAAAAAGCCAAGUUACCCAAAGCCAAAUUUAUGAAAAUGAAUCAACAGGUGACUUAACGAAGAGAAAUAACAAUGAAAUUCUUCGCACUCCACCGGCUGAUGAAAUACGUUCAGGACAGCGAGACUAUGUUCGUGAGAUGGGCAAAACAGAUGACAGUUUGGGCACAGAUGAUGAGACUACGCAGAGUAGGGUUCUGACUGAGGUAAGACGAAGGAAAGAUGGACGUAUCGAGCAUUACAAUGGGAAAGCUAUACCAUUUCCAGGAGGUGCUGUAAAAGUGAAACACAGCACCGUGUCACAACAUCAUGACACCACAAGAACACAUAACAGGCCAGCUUCUGGCAACAGGGAAGCUGACCUCAGCUCAAAUGAGAACUGCCGGGGAUUCCUCACUUCGAGAGCUCAUACGCUGAACAUGUCAUCAACCGACAACCGAGUUAUCAGUGGAACGGCAGGUGAAACAGACAGGACAGAUAAGGCUGUGCCUGGCUUAAAGAGAACUGAGGCACACAGGGACACACAAACCAAGGACAUUAUGGAUCGAACUCCGAAAGAACAUAGAAAACACCAUGCUAAAUUUGAAUAUCCCACACAGAGCAUGAAGGAUGCCUUAUUGGUGUGUAAAGGCUAUGCAGGUGUCUUAGCACCCGGCGUUGUGGAAUAUGAUGAAAACGAUGGGCCGGAACGGGCAAAUGUUGUGGGAGAUGGUGACCUAAGUGAACACCAGUCUGUGAUGGACAGAGUCAAGUCCUGGGUUGUGAGUCAAGAUGCGUCAGAGUCUUUAGCUACAAGGGAUCCUUCCAGAGAUAAAACUGACUCCCCGCGCCCCUUUGACCGACACUCCAUAGCCGAGAUGCCAUUGAAAGUUCUUGCAACUGCUGUACCUACAGACCAAGACGAUGGGUGCCCUGAUGAAGUGUUUGAGGAUGGUACACAUGGUCUCAGAGUUGGUACAGAUCAGUCUGUGGGUGACACACGGUAUCUACAUCAUGGGGAUGACCUUCCCAUCGACGAACACAUCCAUGUAGACCCUGAUGUUCUGGUUAGGGAGGAUCCAGAUGGGAGUGAAGGCCUCGCUCGGCGAGUGUUUAGUUCCCUAAGUACUGAUCCCAGGACUAUCUAUUCCAGAAGCUUUUCUGAUGGAUUCAGGAAAACAGAAGAAUCAAGGUCAGAACAGGUAUCGAUUGAAAUGGCUGAGCUUGGCCAGCAUGGCUCGGAUGUGACGGUUACACGACAUCGAUCAGAGGGCGCCAUAUUCAACACAUCUUUCUUGGAAGGUUGGGAACCGUCAUCGCCAUACGCCCACCGAGUCAAAAGGAACUCGUCGGCUCUCUCAGAAGGAGCUCAACCUAUCUCAGCAGGAAAACCCAAGAUAAGACAACUCUCCCUUGCUAUCGGCGAGGAGUGGGAAGACAUGACCGGCACCAACCCAGUUACCUCCCCUGACGGCACAGGAUCUGUUGCCGUCUCACAGAGAAGCCUCAGACGAGAGAGAAGCCAGCAGAGAAGCUGGAGCGGAUGUUCCGUGUCCAGCGCGCCAAUGUUACUGGGAAGAACCACUCGAUACAUGAGUCAUCCAGCUCGUCUAGAAAACUACCUUCGCAGGAAUACAAUCCCAGAAGGUAACGAGUCCAUCACAAACCCCCCAUCGCCGGCCACAACAACGGUGGCGACAGUGGACAUAGAGGAGGAGAAACCUGCACAGAUUGCCGCCAGCGAUGAAACGGAGAAGAGAUGGCUGACGCCGAAUCCUUACAACAGAAUCAACCAGAGGUUCCACAGUGCACUGCAAUGUCCUUGUUAUCUGUUCUUCUGCUUCCUGUGCUGUGUUCCAGCCGUGUGCUACAUGCAGAUAUCGGACAAGGAAUACGACUACGGGUCCAAGGAAAGGUCUCGAGUGUAUGGGAGACGGGCAACGGUUCUUUAUAUCAUAGGCGCCAUCUGCGCGACGAUCUUCUUGGCAACGGUAACCAGUCUUGUUGUGAUCUUCAUGCAGGAGUAUCUCACAAGACAACAAACAUAGUCACGUGCCCUGUUGUGUGGAAGUUUGGUUUCACGCCGCUUUGAACAGUAUUUAAGUAAGGCCAGGGCUUUUUCAAAAACUUCGCAGAUUACCCAAAAUCUUGAAAUGUGAAAACAUCAUAAUGAAAAGCAGUGCUUUUUUUAUUCUUCCGACCAGAAAUUAGUAAAACGUAAAUUAAAUCAUUUUAUGAAAAGAAAUAAACAAUUUAGAAUACAAUGAUUAAAACUUACUCAAAAUUUAUCUUAGAAACUUAAAAACAAGGAAUUAUGACGAAUUGCGAGAGGAAAUAAAAUAAAUUUUAUUAUUAUUCUUAGAAACGACCU